AUGUUCACUCAGAAAAAGAAUCAGUAUUCGUUUGACGCCAUCAGCUGCAACAGAAACUUGGUUUAUUUGCGCGUGCACAGCCCUACAAAGAACACCUGCAUUUUGUUUUGCUUUCUUGCGCGUUUCAAGCUCAAUGUUCCAAGCUCACAAUAUCUCUUCAAAGCCAUGUCCUCUCCAUCGUCGCGCUUAGCAUUCGACAGUCAUCGCUUUGGGUCAGGCAGGAUUGGAGAUGAGGUGGGACGACGUCAAGAAGAAUGGGAAAGGGAAAUCGAGACCCUGGACCAGAAGGAGAUGGAAUUGCAUCAGUCGCAGCUGCGUUUGAUCAGGGAACAAACGGCGAUCUUUAUCCGAGACCUUGGCCUUCUGCAGGGAGAGGUUUCAGCCUUGAAAGAGAACGUGGGCAUUGGGCUGUCUUCUAACAUCAUGCCGUUGCAGAAUGAUGUCAAAGAACAGAAGGCCAAACUACUGUCCCAGGAACAAAUCAUCACAACGACGCAGAAACGAGUGGAAUACCUGGAGCGAUUGCUGGGCGAAUCAGUGGAGCGCCACUCGCAGGAGAUUGAGUCAGCCAAGUCUGCGCACGUACGACUUGCUGACGAAGCAAAAGCACGGGAGGCUCAUCACGCAUCUGUGGCAGAGCGUCUCAACUACAUUGAACAGCUGGUUGGUGACUCCUUUGAGCGCCACUCGAAGGAAAUCCAGGCUUCUCACACGCGGCUGGAGACCAUGCACAGCAGACUGGUGGCAUGUGAGUCUGACGCCAACCACAAGUCCCUGCGUGAGCGUGUCGAUUUCCUAGAAAAACUCCUGGGUGAGUCUGUGGACAAGCAUUCUGAGGGCCUGCAAGCUGCGCACUCAAACCUGCAAAAGCUCCAUGGCAGCUUGCAGGAACAGAUGUCAACCAGGAUGGAGAAGCUUCAUGGAAACGUCCAAGAAAGGCUCCAGGCCAUUGAGAAACAGCUUGGACAAGUUGAUGACCGCAGGGAAGCCCAUGCUCGAGAGUUGCAGCAGGUCAAAAGCCAGGUAGACCAAGCCCAUCAAAAGCUGGGAAAUCCAACCAAGCCCCAAAGUUCUUUGCACCAUGCUACGAUGGCAGAGAGAAUGGAGUACUUGGAAAAGCUAAUGGGCGAUUCUGCCGACAAACAUUCAAGCGAACUCGGGCAGGCGCAUACAAAGCUUGAUCAGCUUCGAGGUCGUCUCACUGAUCUAGAGGCUGCACGAGACCGGCAUCAUGCCCACAUCCAAGAAUUGGCUGGCCGGGAAAAGGAGGCCAGAGACAAGCAGCAUGAACACCACAAAGAACUACUUGGCCGAGAGCGGGCUGCCAAUGAGGCCCAUCAUGCAUCUGUAGCCGAGCGCCUCAAGUACAUCGAACAGCUGGUUGGUGACUCGUGUGAGCGCCACUCGAAGGAAAUCCAGGCUUCUCACACGCGACUGGAGACCAUGCAUGGCAGACUGGUGGCAUGUGAGUCUGAUGCCAGCCACAAGUCUCUGCGUGAGCGUGUCGAUUUCUUGGAGAAGCUCCUGGGUGAGUCUGCGGACAAGCAUUCUGAGGGCCUGCAAGCUGCGCAUUCAAACCUUCAAAAGCUCCAUGGCAGCUUGCAGGAACAGAUGUCAACCAGGAUGGACAAACUUCAUGGAAACGUCCAAGAAAGGCUCCAGGCCAUUGAGAAACAGCUUGGACAAGUUGAUGACCGCAGGGAAGCCCAUGCUCGAGAGUUGCAGCAGGUCAAAAGCCAGGUAGACCAAGCCCAUCAAAAGCUGGGAAAUCCAACCAAGCCCCAAAGUUCUUUGCACCAUGCUACGAUGGCAGAGAGAAUGGAGUACUUGGAAAAGCUAAUGGGCGAUUCUGCCGACAAACAUUCAAGCGAACUCGGGCAGGCACACACGAAGCUCGAUCAACUUAGAGGUCGUCUCACUACUUUGGAGGCAGCACGAGACCAACAUCAUGCCCACAUCCAGGAACUGGUUGGCAGGGAGAAAGAGGCCAGAGACAAACAACACGAACAUCACCAAGAAUUGCUUGGCCGAGAACGAGCUGCCAAUGAGGGCCGUCACAGGGACAUCCAUGAGGUCAUUCAAAAGGAACGUAAAGCUCGUGAGCAGCACCACGGAAUGCUUCAUGACCUCGUUCACAAGGAGAAAGCCGCUCGUGGUGCCAUUGAGGAACUCCUCGCCCAAGAGAAGGCAGAGCGAUCCAAGCACCACUCUUCCUUCGAAGAACGAAUUGAGUCGGUGCAAAAGACUCUUGGUAUUUUCGAUAGCUUGCUCCGCAAGGAGAUUGAGGAGAGAACGAAGGAGUAUCGACGCUUGUGGGAUGCGAUUGACACCCAUACCCACGACCUCUCAACGCAGGUCAUUGGUGAAGCGAGUGGAUACACACCUGAGAUGGCCGAUCCACCUCGUAGAUAUCCAUUGGCAUCCGCACCAGUUCAACAAGGAUGGACAUCGGGGGUGCAGCCGAUCGUGUACCAAGAACCCGUCGUGACAAGCUUGCCACCCACACCAGGGAUUAGACAACUUUCUCCCAUGGUGCAAGUGCAGCCAGCUUCGUCUUGGGGUGUGCAGGCAAAGUGA